AUGUCGCCUUGCCUCCGCAACCCUUCCCUCAAGAGCACGGGCCCUUUCACUCAUGCUCAACUACACCGCGAGUUGCAUCCAAUUUCACACAGCCCCGAAGAAUUAUUAGGUCGCCUGCUGCAAACUUUAAAGAACAUCAACGUUGCUACCAAAAAUCAAGCAAAAAUCGAGCUUCACAGACUAUUCGACAUGUGUCUGCCCUUAGCAGAUCUUGGGAACUCAGAUUGGCUUCUAUGUUUGUUGCAAGCAUACAUGCGCAUCUUCGACGACUUGUUCUUUUCCGGUACCUUGACGCGAAGGAAACCCCAUCGUGAAACUGCACUCUUCGUCCGUCCGUUGACUAAAGUAGGCCUUUUGGGACUGACUACCCCCACCGAAGGAAGCUAUCCUGACAUAUACACUGAGAUUACUAUGACCUCAAUCUCUGUCCCGCUGGAUGCGUCACGUAGAGCAGGACAAGCCGAAUUUCGCCAGCGUCUCGGCAGUCUUCUCCACGAGAUGCUCCACGCUUACUUCGAACUUCAUUAUUACUGCACUUGUGGCAAUUCGAGCUUGAUGCUCGGGGCUCGAACACACAGGAGUUACGGGAUAUGGGCAGUGCUGGCUACUCGCCGCGCUUGCUCUCGAAGACUUUGCGGUAGCAGAGCUGAAAUUUAA